AGCAAAGUGUCUUCAUGAGCGCAGAGGAUGUCCGGGAAGCACUACAAGGGGCCUGAAGUCAGUUGUUGCAUCAAAUAUUUCAUCUUCGGCUUCAAUGUCAUUUUCUGGUUCCUUGGCAUAGCAUUUCUUGGGAUUGGAUUGUGGGCAUGGAAUGAAAAGGGAGUGCUGUCCAAUAUCUCCUCCAUCACAGACCUGGGAGGCUUUGAUCCAGUUUGGCUCUUCCUAGUGGUAGGAGGAGUUAUGUUCAUUUUGGGAUUUGCAGGAUGCAUUGGAGCUUUGCGAGAAAAUACCUUUCUUCUCAAAUUUUUUUCUGUGUUUCUUGGAAUUAUUUUCUUCUUGGAGCUCACUGCUGGUGUUCUAGCAUUUGUUUUCAAAGACUGGAUAAAGGACCAGCUGUAUUUCUUUAUAAACAACAACAUCAGAGCAUACCGAGAUGACAUUGAUUUGCAAAACCUCAUAGACUUCACACAGGAAUAUUGGCAGUGCUGUGGGGCUUUUGGAGCUGAUGACUGGAACCUUAAUAUUUACUUCAACUGCACAGAUUCCAAUGCAAGUCGAGAGCGCUGUGGUGUGCCAUUCUCUUGCUGCACGAAAGACCCUGCCGAAGAUGUUAUUAAUACUCAGUGUGGCUACGAUGCAAGACAAAAACCAGAAGUUGAUCAGCAGAUCGUUAUCUACACUAAAGGCUGUGUCCCUCAAUUUGAGAAAUGGUUGCAGGACAAUCUUACCAUAGUUGCUGGUAUAUUCAUUGGAAUAGCAUUACUGCAGAUAUUUGGGAUAUGCUUAGCCCAGAAUUUGGUUAGUGACAUUGAGGCUGUCAGAGCCAGCUGGUAAAACUGCUGAAGUAACCACAACAAGACACUGGACAACCGAAACCCUCUGAAACCUCCAGUGUGUCGCUCCGACACCAAGCUGUAUGGACAUGGGUGACAGGGAAGCCUUCUCUCCCAAGUAGUCUCAAGUCUAAGUUCCUGAUAUUGCAGUGAACUCAUGUUUCUUUGGGGUGGGGGAGAGAAGAGUGGGCUAUUUUGAAAUCUGCUGCUCACUGACAAUUUUUUUUUUUUUAAACCACCAGUUUGAAAGCUGUUGAGCCGUGAAUCUCUACUGUAUUCUUGAUCUUGAGUAACAAGUGGACACUUUUUUUUUAAAUUGGUGUAUUCGGUGGGACAGAGUUGCAUCGUUGUGGUCUGUGGAUAUGCUGUUUAUUCUUCGUAUCAUGAGCUCUUCAAUAGCGGCCAAGUAUUCCUGAGAUGGUCUCUCUCCUCACCACUCUGUAAAGGAACAAUCUUCUUGUUAUCACAGCUAAACAUAGCUACAGGCCUAAACCCAUCAAGCAGGAAGCAACUUUCUAUGCAUCUAUUGUACAGUAAAAGAAAUUGUUUUUAAAACAAGGGAAUUUUUUUUUUUUUUACGCAAGCUUCCAACCAUCUCCCUGUAGUACUUUGAGGUUGGAAUCAGCAAGCUCACAGGGAGAAUUGGCUAAUUUUAUCAACAUCUUUCUUCCUUAUCCACCCUUGUAUGAAGGGAAAGGAGUUUUAUAUUUGACAAACAAGGGUUGUAGAGCCUUUGGUUGUUGCCAUACCUUAGGACAUCAGUUUCUUAUGGCAAGGAUGGGAUAUAACUGUAUAAAUGUAUGAAAGCAGUGUGGAUGUUGGGUCCAAGUGAAUAAUAUUAUUCAAAGAAUGAAUUAUAUAUUAACUUAAAAAAUCAAAACAUGUAUCUGAUAUGGCUAAAUCUUUUUCUCUGGAUUUUAGUGUAACCUAAUGUAUUUAGGGAUCUCACUAAUAUUAGUGCUUUGAUAUACUUGUGCAAAACUUCUUUUACGGUAAUUUCUUGGUCUGUUCCUAGCUGAGGCUUUGGUCUUUCUUUUUUUCUUUUGUCUUUAAUUCUUUUUACUUGCAUGAGCUGUGGAGUAACAACCUGUGACACUCCAGUGCUUUAAAUCUGUGUAUAUGUUUUAAUACAGUCUAAUCCAAACUUAUUUAUUGGUAAAUGCAUGUGAUUAUGGAAAGAUCGUAUCCCAUUCCAUUGGAAGUUGGAGAGAACAGCUUUUACUAAGAGUAAAUGCUUACCUCCAGUGAACAAAUCCUUGCUAUGGAGAUUUGUCUCCCUUUGCUCUAAAUGCAACAAAAAGCUUUCUUGAAGCAAUGGAAUAAAAGUUUUAAAAUAGAAGCGCAUGUCAGGAUCAGCCAAGACAGACUCUUUUGAAUCGAACAAAAGAGAGUGGAAUUUGGAAUAAAGCACAAAUAGUGGAAGAAGAAUUAGAUCAGACUCCAUCCAGAUUUGAGUUUUUGAUUCAUUCUUCUUCACUAAUAAUAGUGAACUUACAAACCUGACCAUGGCUUGGGUAGUUUUAUUGCACUUUGUAUAAAUUUAGCUUGUUGUAUGACCCUUCUCAGUAUCUGCAGAACCAGUCCUGAAAGCUGUGAGCUCUCAGCUCCUGCUUUGGUCAGACAGUGGUAAAGGGUGUGUAGCACCUCUUUGUAAGAGCUUAGCAUCUUUCUGAGAUGAGUUUCCUAAAAUGAAGUAUGUGGAGUAGAAGAGAUGAAUGCAUUGCUUUCAGAGCUUCCCUGUUCUGCGGGUCAGAUAGAAGGCUGGUCUGAUGACCUAUUAAGGUCCUUUCUGGUCCUUUGACUCUUAAACAUGUGAGUAUACGUACCCUUGCACAUUUUGCCUUUCUGUGCUUUAGUCGGCCUGUGGUUUUUUCCCUUCUGAAGGCUGGUGGUAGGCACACUGGUGCUCCACAGAUGCCUCAGGCAGUCCGGUUGUCGUCCUGUCUUUGAGCAUUACCUCAUCUUCUUCUGGUUAACUCCCACUGACUGGCUCUGAAUCAGGCAGCCUCCAUAUCCUUUGGUAUCUGCUGUUAAAGGCCAGCCAUGACUCAGAGUAAAUUUUUUUUUUUUUAAAGCCUUUGAAAGCAAUUAUAAUUCACUGUCCUUAAUAAAGUUGGUUCCACCUCA